CACAGCGACCUCCAAGGAUUACAGAACAUCCAAAUAGCCUCGUGGUAAAAAAGCUCGAGCCUGCUAAGUUGAACUGUAAAGCAGAUGGAGAACCCACUCCAGAAAUCGAGUGGUUUCACAAUGGCGAACGGAUCAUUCACGAUACUCCAAACCGGAUGAUCUUACUCAAAGGCAUGUCCCUCUUCUUCCUUCACGUCAUCCAGAACAAGAGAGAACAAGAUACUGGCACCUACUGGUGUUUGGCUCGAAACCCUCUUGGUGAAGCCAGAAGCAGGAAUGCAACUGUUGACCUCGCAGUUUUUCGAGAUGAUUUUCGCGUCAGUCCUAAGAACACACGAGUGGCAGUUGGAGAAACCGCAAUGCUGGAAUGUACACCGCCCAGAGGUCAUCCGGAACCCGAGGUAUCAUGGGAGAAAGAUGGCCGAUUAAUAAGCGUUGGGACAGGCCGGAUAAGGAUGGUGGGUCAGGGUAACCUGGUCAUAGAAAAUAUUCGCCAAGAUGAUGAGGGACGGUACAAAUGUAUAGCCAAGAACAUGGUUGGGGAACGAGAAUCGCCUGUAGCCACCUUAGCCGUGAACGUAAAACCGUUUUUUAUUCGAGAGCCUAAAGACGUUUCGACGCUAGCAGACACAAAUGUGGAAUUUGAAUGCAAAGUUGGUGGCGAUCCUCGGCCAAAUAUCGCCUGGCGACGAAAAGAUGGCAAAAUGCCAAAUGGAAGAGCUGAGAUGAAAGAAGAUAAAAGCCUCCGGAUCAAGCAUGUCUUUCCUGCUGAUGAAGGAAUAUAUAUCUGUGAAGCAAAAAAUCCUGUUGGAUCUGUCUCAGCCUCAGCAACCUUGACAGUGCACUCACGACCAGCGUUUCUAGUGAGGCCAAAGAACCAACGAGUUGGUUUGAACAGUAAUGUUAAGUUUGAGUGUAUAGCAACAGGAAAUCCUCCACCAUCAAUCUUUUGGACAAAGGAAGGCAAUCAGGUUCGUGCCCAAAUUUACAAUCAUUUAAAUCAACUUCAAAUAAAUAUCGAUUCCGAAUCACCUUCAUCCAAAGCUGUAGCUGACCUUCCACCUCCGGUCAUUGUUCUUGGUCCAGUCAACCAAACUCUUCCUCAUCGCACGUUGGCGAUGUUGCCCUGCGAAGCCUCGGGAACUCCCACUCCACACGUGACAUGGUCCGUGAACUCCUCACCGUUGCCGAAGAAUGACCCACGUUACGUUGUUCUGGACACAGGAACCUUACAGAUAGACAGUUUACAACGUUCAGAUUCUGGACUGUAUACGUGUACUGCCUCCAGCGAGAUUGGGGCAACAUCCUGGAGUGCAUCUCUUUCAGUAGAAUCUCCAAGGAAUCCAAACGCCAUCUUUCAUCGGAUGCCUGAUCCAUCAUCUUUUCCUGGACCACCAAGCAAGCCAACUGCUGUUAACAUAACAGAAACAGCCGUAACGUUAACGUGGCGCCGGAAUCCGGAUGUUGGGCAGUCUCUUCUAAUUGGUUACAAUGUGGAAUAUUAUAGUAGUGACCUACAGACUGGAUGGUUGUUGGCUGCCCACAGAAUACAUGGGGAGUCCUUCGCAGUCCAAAAUCUUCGCCCGGAUACAAGAUACAUAUUUUUGGUCCGAGCAGAAAACUCCCACGGACUUGGUCCGCCAAGUCCAUUUUCUGAUGUAAUCAGAACAAUAGGACUUCAUCUUCAUAUGCUACCAGAUUUUGACCAAGAAGAAGCACGCCUGCGCUUAAGUAUGUGUAUUAUUGGAUUAAAAGAUGUUCGAGCCAUUAAUUCAACAACAGUUAAGCUUGCAUGGGAGAUGCAGGGUGAUCAAAACUACGUCGAGGGAUUUUACAUCAGAUUUAGAGAUGUUAAUGGCGGAUCUCGCAAGUACAAUAUGAUGACGGUGUUGACUGGGUUGGCCUCUUCUUAUGUCCUCACGGGCUUGCGGAAGUUCACCAAGUACGAGUUUUUUCUUGUACCAUUCUACAAGAGUGUGGAAGGGCCACCCAGCAACUCUCGCUCAGUACAAACUUUAGAAGAUGUCCCAUCAGCGCCACCAGACAACCUUCACGUUCAGCUGGUUAAUAUGACAACUGCUGCCAUCUACUGGUCACCUCCUCCGCCUCAGCACAGAAACGGAAUAUUGAAAGGAUAUAACGUUCGUGUGCUCAGCAACAACUCUCGGCUUCAAUCAAAUAUCACUACAAAUGCUACUUCAACUUCUAUUCGAAUCCACAACCUAACUGCUGGGGCUAGCUAUACAAUAAAAGCUUUAGCCUAUACUUCUGUAGGACCUGGUCCCUACACCACCCCUUUGACUGUAAUAAUGGAUCCGAGUUAUAUGGAAAACCCUAGUGCAGCAGGACCGCCAUCUACAUCACUAAGUAAUUCUUUUCAAGAUUUGCUACGGCAGCCUUGGUUCAUAGCUCUGAUUGGAGGUUUAUCAUGUUUGCUGCUGUCAGUAUUUUUUGUUAUCCUGUUCUUACGAAGACGUAUGGCUUGGAAAAAAGCCUUGGUGGCUCAUCUAACAGUCCCUGUUCACAAACCAGAAGAUGUAAGGACUGAUGUCAGUGCACGUGAGACCCUGUGGAUUAACCGUGCUUGGCGACCCUCACCUCACACCAAAGAACAAAGCACAAGUGAAACCAAAUUACUGAAUAAAAUGGACUGCCCUUCCAGUGAUUUCAAUUAUUCCAGUGUCUACUCCCCCUUACAAUGUAAUAUGAAUGCCUCAGACUAUGCUGAAGUAGAUACGCACAACAUGGCCACUUUCUACAUGAAGGAGCCUCCUUCAGCCCUUGCACCUUAUGCUACCACAACAUUGAUCAACAAUCCAGCUCCAAAACACUUCAGUGCAUCAGUAGGUUUUAUCCACUACAUAUAUUUACAAAAUUUGAUAAGAAAUACGGGUCUCUUAAAAUGUAGGAAAUAAUUUUAUAGAAUUUUU